AGUAACUCAACUCAUCAAAAAUACAUCGCAGUUGUUACGUGAAAGUUUUCAAACGCUAAUUUGUAUAUAUUAACAGUGCUUUUAUGAAAUGGUUUUUUGCAAAAGUGUCUGGCAGUGAUUGUACAAAUGAAUUAACAUAAAAAGCAAAAACAUAGCAACUGCGAUUUCUUCAAACCAAAAAACUUGAUCAAAAGCAGGAUCAAGAUCUUGGAUUUGGAAUCCAAAAUGGAUCAGCUAUUUGAAAGCUGUCGCGAUGAUGAGCGGAGGAUCGGCGAGGAAUACCUGUCAAGUCUGCAGGACCUCAACUGCAACAGCAAGCCGCUCAUCAAUAUGCUUACAAUGCUCGCCGAGGAGAACAUCAAUUACGCCCAAGUCAUAGUCAAAGUGGUGGAAUAUUAUAUCAGCCAGGUGGCGCCCGAAUUUAAAUUGCCCAUCCUAUAUUUAAUUGAUUCGAUAGUAAAGAAUGUGAAAAGCAGCUACGUCCAAUUGUUUGGUCAAUGCAUAGUCAACAUUUUCCUGCACGCCUUUGAAUCGGUUCAGCAUUCACAGUCUCAGGUUUUAGAAAAGGUGCGGGAGCGCAUGUAUGCUCUGCGGCAGACUUGGAACGAGGUCUUCCCACCCUCUAAGAUGUACGCUCUCGAUGUGAAGGUGAAGCGCCUGGAUAACAACUGGCCAAUCACAGCAAAACAGCCAACAAAUAAAAUCCACGUAAAUCCGGCCAUUCACGUUAACCCAGACUUUCUAAAAACGGGUAUGGUUCCGGGGAUGCCUGUUAACCCCACAUUGCCCAGCGAUAUGGAAGAAAUAUUACAGGCCAAAACUCGUGAACUGCUGGAGCUCAAGAAGCGCAAACUAGAACUUGAGUUGGAGCAAACCAAAAAGCAUUUAGAGGAGCAGGAGCGUCAGCUAAAUCAGGCCACUGAUGCUAUGGCGGGGGCUCCGGUAAUCAUGCCUGCACCGACUGCAACUUCCAUUCGACCGCCUAUUAUGGAUCCCGGGCUGGCAAUGCGAAAUCAAAGAGUGCCGGGUGCAUUAGGCAAUCCUGGCCCCAUAAUGUCCAAUGUCCCAGCGGUUCAACAGCAGUUUAGCAAUAAGCCAAAAGUCAAUCCAGUCAAUCCGGCGCUGUUAAACUCAGUACGCCAACGAGAUCCGCGACUAGCGCGGCAAAUGCAGUCGCAGUCGACACAUACGACUGCAUCCGCACGCAACGAUCCUCGCCUGGAGGCCAAAUCCAGUUCCUCACAGAAAUCGAGUCGGUCGCGCAGUAAAUCACCUGUUCGAUCUAGCAGCAGUCGUUCAGGAAAGAGUGCGAGCUCCCAUCACAGCAGCUCGUCGAGCCGCAAGCGAAGUGAGUCAAAAAGCUCCAAUGCUUCGUCAUCUUCGUCGGGUUCUGAUGUGCGACACAAGGGCGGCAGCACCAGCUCUAACCAGUCGCCGGUGAAACGAUCCGGCAAGCACUCAUCUAAGGAGCAGUUGGAUCGCUAUGUUCGCAAUGGUUCUCCCGCAGGAUCAUCGAAGCGCAAGAGCAGUUCUCCGACUAAUUCACCAUCCAAGCCCAAGCGUAGUUCCCACAAAUCGUCCGCAUCUUUGGUGAGAGGAAAGACAUCUUCAGGGCGAUCGCACAGUCGGUCUCCAGUCUUCAUGGAUGUAGACCUGCGCACCAACCGCAGCAAGUCACCAGAGUCAAAAGGAGCAGUUAAUUCAUCUGUACCUCAGGCAGCCGCAUCAUCAACAGCAGCAUCAAAAGCACCAAAUGAUUUAGAGAAACCUACAUUUCAAAUACUCGAACCAGGCCCUCCUCCAGCUUCUUCAAGUCAGACGAAUAUAGAUGUGUCGAUCUUGGAUAUUGACUUGAGGCGGCCAAUGACGCCGCCUCCUCCGUCUUUCGACUCACAGGAAAUCCUCGACAAGAAGGAAACAAAUAUCGGCCACAUCAGCAGCACAAUAAUACUCGCUAGUGGCACCUCCAACGCCUCCCCGUCAACCGCGUCCACUUCCAAAUUGCCCGCAAAAGUGUCGUUCAAAAUACAAAAACAGUUUAAUAAAUUAGAAAAAUCUACAGCGAAUCUAUCAACAGCAUCACUGCUAAAUCCCAAUCCCACGACUUCAGCAGCCACAACAGUUCCAUCAGCAGCUCUGGAUCCCUCGACCUCGUCCGUCUCCUCGCAGGGUAAUGUAUCGGAGGCCUUGCAGCUGUCGAUCAAUAAGUUGCUUCAAGUGCAAGGUGCGUCUGGUAUUGCCGAGAAACGUCCCGCCGACGCACUGCCGCAAGAGAUCGACGACGGAGAGCAACCACCACAACAGAAACGCAGCAAGUCAACCAAACUGGAUGCUCUCUUUGGCAGUGAAGACGUGGAUCUGCGCCGCGAAAUUCCAGUCGUUAAGCCAGGGGUUAUUGUUGUCGAAGACGAUUCCAUGGAUGGCAGCGAUGUGAUCAAGCCAACAAAGAAAUCUAGUUCGCCUCCUAAGAAGGCAACGUUAGAGGAGCUACGUGCAAAGUUGGCAAAUUCAGCUAGACUCCAGAAUAACAAGGGAAAGCCUGAUAAAAACAAGGACCAGGCCGUGUCGCAGCGUCUUAAGCAGCUAUCAGAGCUGAAAGCAAACGACGAUUCUCAGGAGGCGCACGACGAGAAGGUUCGGACGAUUCUUAGCCAGGCUCAGGAGAUGUACGAGAACCAUAACAUGAACCAGGAACAGUAUAAAGAUCUUGUCCAGAAAGUGGUGGCCAUUAAUGAAAACAGUAAGAUGAAGGAUUCACGGCGUCGAGAGGAAGAUCUCGAGCGUAAUGCAGCGAGGGAUGCUGUGCUUCGCAAACGCAUUCCCAAGCUAAAAGGCAACGAAAAUUCCUCGGGGUCACCACGUAGCGAUGGUUCGCCCAGGUACGAGGAACAACCGGCGGCUACCGUGGAGAAACAAUCAAAUAAAAGGGAUAAGUCCAAGAGGGACAACAAGCGCCGCAAGCCAAGCAAAUGGGGUGAUCAAGUGGAUCCAGGGGCUGCACAACGCGCCGCCUGGCAAUUGGCCAAUGCCAACAAUAAUAACAAUAACAACAAGCGAGGGGGUGUGAUCCAACUACCCGUUCAAUCUCAGCCUGGAUUCCGUGGCAUGCCCUGGCAACAGCCACCAGCAAUGGUGUUACCCCAGUCAGCAGUGCCACCACCUCCACAACCGCCGUCAAUGAUGGGCUUGCCGCCCGUGCCACCGGUGACCAUGACCAAAGCCAUAAAUUCUCUUGACAAUCCUAUGGCGGAUGUAGUGCGCAGCAUUACAAUCGACGGAGGAUCCAAGGAGAUACGGUUUUACAAUCAAGUGGCUAUUAUAUUCAUGGAUGGCGAUCAACCACAUGAAAUUGGCUUCCAGCAGGGCCAACGGGUAAUAUUAAUUGAUCACAAUGAACCUUUGCCGCUGUGCUUCAACGAUGAUUACAAGCCAUUCCACUUGGAUGGACAGCUUCACCGGAUUCGCUUUGGUUUUCCAUCUCGCGAACUCUACAUCGACGAGCAUUGGUAUGAGAUAUAUUUCGGUGGUCCACCAGUAUCGCUGCCGAUUGGAAACAAAAUGCAUAUAAUUAAGGCCGAGGGUCCGCCACCCAACGUGGACAUCGGCCGAGUGCGACGGGAUUUGGUUGUAGGAAAGAUUAAUAUGAUUGUGGAUGCUCAUACUAUUGUGCCCCUCUUUCUGGACGCCAGACAGCAGACUUUCCAGCUAGGUGCCGAACAGCAUUCUCUGCAGUUUGUGGAUAGCUUCCAAUACGCUUUGCUGGAUGGUCAGCUCCAGAAGAUCGAAUAUGGUGGCCUCCCCAAAGGAAUGGCUUUAAAUGGCGGUCGUAACUGCUUCAUUAGGUUUGGUACGCUGCCUAAAGGAGUUGUAGCCGGAAAGACUCAUGUAGCGGAUAUGGUGUAUAUAAAGACUGAAGCUCCUUUGGAACCACCACAGCCGCCUCCAAUGAUUGUGAAAACAUUGCCAGUAUUGGAGCAACCAAAACCGUCUUCUGCUCCAGUAGCUGCUGCUGCCCCACUUUCUUUACCUGCAGCCGCAGCUGCCUUGGAGAGCUUGAACAUCAAUGAUUUGUUCCAAAAGCUUGUUUCGUCCGGAAUUAUUGGUGGUGGAGCUGCUGUGCCAGCUGUUCCUGCCACAGAUAAGCCAGUGUCCAAAGAUUCAUCUACCACUGCCACCGAAGCCACAGCUGCACCUGAAAUACCAGCACCUGCACCAGUGCCCUCUGGUCCACCUAUGGAGCCUAUUAAGCGCAUCGAUCUUCACAAGCCAGAAACCAUUAAGACCCGACAGUCGGCGGUUGUGGCCACUUUGUACUUGGGAAUGCAGUGCAGCAGCUGUGGAGUAAGAUUCCCGCCAGAGCAAACAAUUAAGUACAGCCAGCAUUUGGAUUGGCACUUCCGACAAAAUAGAAGGGAAAGGGAUUCCACAAGAAAAGCGACCUCCCGUAGAUGGUACUAUGAUAUCAACGAUUGGCGGCAAUACGAGGAAAUCGAAGAUGUGGAAGAGCGAGAGAAGAACUUCUUGGAGGCUCAGGGGCAACCUGGCGGUAUUGAGACUCUUGAAGAACUUUCGCAGCAACGAUCGCUAGAUUCCCCUGUGCCAACGUGUGCUGCCGGCACAGAUGAUGUGGAUCACUGCUGCGAUAUGUGCCAUGAGAAGUUCGAGCAGUUCUACAAUGAAGAGCUCGAGGAGUGGCAUCUGCGUAGUGCAAUCCGUGUUGAGGAUAAGAUCUACCAUCCUCUGUGCUACGAGGACUACAAGGCAUCGUUGAAUCCCCCUGCGGAGGUUAAAUCCGACAAAGAUGUUGACAUGAAUAACACUGAUGACAACGCCAUGGAUACCCUAAUCAAAGUAGAGGAUGACGAUGAUGAUGGUGCCGCUAAAACAACACAAACCAUUUUGGAUGACGAUGACGACGAUGUCAUUGUGCUUCCCAAUGAAGAGCCCAGUGUCACGGAAAUUGUCGACGACGACGAUGAGGACGAAUAUGUCCCGGGCAAUGUGACACGAGCGGACAUGGGAAAUGAGUCUCAGGACAAAACCGAGUCCAUCUCCGAGACGAAAGAACCGGAGAGCGACAAGGACCAGCUUGGUGAACACCCCCAAAGCGAAUCGGCCAAUGAGUCGGAUGUAGAGAUCCAAGAGCCAAACAUUCCUUUUACCGAUCUAGACACCUACGUGGAGAAGGAGAUGGAUGAGGCGACCAAGGCUGCGCUGCUUAACGUUAAGAUUAAGGAGGAGCCCAAGGAUGAAUACGAGGAUGACGAGGACGAUGGUUUUGAAGAUGUGGGCACGGUGGUAUCACUGUUGCCCCUGCCAGAGGACGAGAUCUCAAUCCACAGCAGCGAAACUCAAACGCACACCAUCGGCUCGUCGGCUUCGCCAGCCACCAUAGAGCGGCCCGCAUCGGUGACCUCUCUCUCCUUGCCCGCCAAUGAGACGGACGAGGUGGAACAGGCAGAUGUGAGUGCCGACACAGAGGCGGAACUUAAUGGAGAGAAGCAGGAGUCCACGCAUAACCUGAGCGCAGUGGGUCCGGCGUUACCUUUGGCUAGCAUAGUUAAUAAAAUAAAGAUAAAUAUCACUAAGAAUACGAGUAGUAAUAGUCAUAAUAGUGCCUCCAACGCCAUGACCACGGACUCGCAAGUUUCGGCCAUCAGCGUCAUCGGUGGAUCAGGAGCAGCCGGUGGCACAUCUGGAGCCGGAGAGUCUGCGCAACAGGUGAACGCCAUUCAAACUAUUUCCACCAUUCCAGUGCUUUGCGGCGGUAACACAUUUGUGCCAAAGAUUGCAACCAGCACUCCCUCCAACGUUAUCAGCUCGAUCUCGGUAAUUGGCAGCAGUUAUGGCGGAAGCAGCACCAGCAACAAUGGAAGCCGGAGCAUUAGCUCCAACGCAUCCACUGCAGCUGCGUCGGUUCCGACGGAGUCGGCCAGCCGGAAAUCGCCCACUCCUCCGCCUGCUCCAGUUGACCCGGAUCCGGAACCCGUCGUAGAGAUGAAGCCAGCACUGCAGAACGCUACGCUGAAGCGGACGAAAAAGGUGCAGAGCGGCGUCGAAACGUCGGGCCUAUGCUCGAUCAUGUAAAUCGCACGGCUCACCAAGCGAUAUUCCUAUUUUAUUUUUACUACGAUUACUUUUACGCGUUACUUAGUUUUAGAUAGCCAACGAGACGUUCUCCGCCGGAGAGUGGCGACUCGUGAUUUGUAGGUACCCAGAUAUUUCUUCAAUCCGGCGCUAUACACUCGUAUAAAUAAUUUAUUACCGAAAACAAAAACUUGCAAAAUUAAAUAAAAAUCAUUUACAGAAUAAAAACAGAGUAUACAUAAUUUGUGAUAACUUUAUAACACUAGCAAACGAAUCAUAUUUCUUUGACCAUUAACAUCAUGCUUAUCUAAUGUGUAAUAUUGCGAAUUUUUUAUAACUAUUUGAAAAAAUAAAACAAAAAAAUA